AUGCCAACAAUUGGAGAAAGGGGCACUCAGCAACUCAACGACAACAACAACAACAACAACAGCAACAACAACAACUCGCUAGUGAUUUGCGCUUGCGCCACCCAAGCGGUGCUAGUUGGAGACUUGAACCGCGGCGGCGGCGGUGGUGGUGGCUUCGAUAGCUAUGGCCCACCACCGCGUCCAGCGCCACAGUAUGGCGCACCACCACCACAGCAUGUGCCACAUCGCGAGUACGGCGUGCCACAGCAGAUUCCAUUCCGGGAGUACGGACCACCAGCGCUCAAGUACGGCCCACCCAAGCUGAACUUCUUGGGUGGUGGCGGUGCCGGCGGCAGCGCAUUGCACGAGCAGAUUAAGAUGCACUUUGGAGUGCCCAAGCCUUACUAUGGACCUCCGCAUAUACAGCACAAGCCGGCACCACAGUACGGACCUCCACCACCGAAGGUGGUGUAUGGCCCACCGAAGCCACAGUAUGGCCCACCACCGAAGCCACAGUAUGGCCCACCGCCACCACUGAAGCUGCAGCAUCGCCCCGCACCACAAUAUGGACCACCCAAGCCACACUACGGCCCACCACCACCACAAUCGCUGCCAGCACCACAUCCCGCACCGCUGUUCAAGCCCGCCCAUCAGCCCGCCAGCAGCUACGGCCCACCCGCCUCCGGGCCACUCAACCUGCCACCCAAGCCCGUCUACGAUACACCACCCAACUAUGGCCCACCACCACUGCCCAUCAAUGUGCCUGGACCACAACCCGGCGGCUUCAAUCGCGCACCCGAAACCACCAUCAUCCUCAGCGGUGGUGGCGGCAACCAUGGCCAGCAGCUAUCCGGCGGUCCAGUCAAGCAGGUUCAAAUCCAAAUCGACGCCUCUGGCCACACCCACAGCGUCAGCGGCUCCCAGGCGCCCUUCCACACCGCCUGCGAUGGCUGGAAACCCAUUCCAGCGCCCAUUGGCGCCUACGUCGAGCAGAACCACAUUGAAACCCAAGGUGGCUACAGCCAUGUGGCCCAGGCCCAGGCCCAAGCUCAGGCUCAGGCUCAAGCUCAAGCUCAGCUGCACUCGCAACAAUCCUUUGGCACUCAAUACAGCAUUGGAAGCAGCAGCAGCGGCGGCGGCAGCAUUGUCGAUGGUCUGACGGAUGAGCAGCUGGUGGCUGUGGCGCUGCAAGGCGAAGGCGGCAAUAUCAUCACCACAAGCGGCGGCGGCGGCGGCGGCAAUGAUGGACGUCUCAACUCCAUUGAAUCCGAAGCGCUGCAGCUCUCGCUUGGCUCCAUUGACGACAGUUACUCGAAGCCGCCAGCGGACUCCUUUGCUCCUGGCUCUGGACACGCGCACAAGUAUCAAACGAUUGGCAAUGACUUGCCACCACCAGCAGCACAGUAUGCAGCACCACCACCACCGCCGCCGCAGUUUGCUGCACUCAGCAGCAGCCAGUCCCACGCCCAAUCUCAGUCCCACUCCCACUCCAAUGUGAAUAUUCAGUACGGCGCACCCUCGGGCAACCCUCAGCCGUAUCCACAGCAUGGCGCUGGUCAGCCAAACAAGCCCGUUGCCUAUCGCCCGCCCGUGCCCGCUGGUCUGCUGGAGUCCAUUGGCGCCACUGUGCAGCAUUUGGAUCAGUUUGGCGUCAAGCCCGCCCAGCAGCCAGCCACGUAUAUUCCACCAGCGGCCCAUGAGCUGCCCGUGAAUGCACCUGCGCCCAGCUACAAUCCACCACAAGCAUUGCAGGCACCACCACCACCGCAGAUCAUAGUGCAGCAACAACUGCCGCAGCCACAGCCCGGACCAGCGUUCGGACAUCAGAAGCAGCAGUAUGGACCACCACCACCACCACAGUUCCUGCCACCACCCAAUCAGCAGUAUCUGCCCGCACCACCAGCAGCUGUCUUCUUGCAGCAGCAGCAGCAGCAGCAGCAACACCACCAGCAGCACUUGGAGCACAGCUUCAGUGGCUCACAGCAUCAGCAGCAGCAGCAGCAGCAGUUUAUUCAUGCCCAGGGCUUGCCGCUGGCUCAGCAAGCGCCGCGCUUUAGUCACGGCCCACAGCAGCAGUUGGCACCACAGACGGUUGUGGUGCACGACUGCGGCCAUGGACCCAAUCUAGUCAGCAGCAAUGGCUACCAAAUCCAACAGCAGCAGCAGCAACACUUUGGCAGCGUCUCUGCCGCCUCAGCUGGCGCCUACAAUGCCAUUGCCCAGAGCAUUCCCGUGGCGGAGCAGCACACGCAGUUCGUCACCGGACCCGCCGACAGCUACGGCCCGCCGCCCUCGGGCAAUGACAUUGACUUCGAUCACAGCGGCUAUGCCUCGCAGAAGUCGCAGGUGGCGGCGCUGCCCGAUGGCACUGAUCCCCAGCAGCUGCCAGGACUGGAUGGCCUCAAUGUCAUCUCGGCGCAAAAGUCGCAGAGCAUUCAGCUGAAUGCAAAUGCGCCCACGCAGAAUUUCCAAGUGCAGUUUGGCAGCUCACUGAGUGCCGCCCAGUCGGGUCAACAGCAGCAGCAGCAACAGACGCAGCAGAGCAUUGAGGAUGGCGCCAAUCAUGAGGAGAUACUCUCCCAGGGAUUGCUGCAAUCCAUACUCACGGCCAUUGAGCAGCCGCAGCAGAACCACAAGGCGCAAAGUCGCUCCGAUGAGCAGCACCCCAAGGAGCAGGCCGAGGCGGAGGAGGAGCAAGAGCAAGAGCAGGAGCAGCAGCUGCUCCGUUCUGAUGCCUCCAAUCAGGUUGAGGUGCGUGUGCUGCCCAAUGGAGUUGCAGAUGAGGGAGAAGAAGAAGAGAAGCCAGCUGUGGUCAAGCAAAUUGAGCCCAUUGUGGUCGAUGAGGAAGCCAGGCAUUGA